AUGGCUGAUGAUUUUACUGACGAGCAAACGUAUUUAAAACAACAUCAUUUAACAAUUUAUUUUGAAGAUUGUAUACGAAGUCUUCUCGAUACACGACGACGAUCUUCAUCAUUAGCUACAGCAAAAACUGAUGUUAAUGUACUUUUAAGAGAUUAUUUUCAACAAGUAAAACGUGAAUCUCAUGUUAUUGGUCGUGAAUUUACAUUUGUCAAUAGUACACUUUAUAAUCGUCGUGCAUUACUUACUCAUAUAUGGUCAAAAUAUGAAACAGCAAUUCCAACUCCAAGUACAUUAAAAGAAUUACAUACAGUCAUACUUUCGAUUUGUCCUGAUUUUCCAUAUUCAUUAUUAGAAACAAGUGCUACAUUACUUGAAGAUAUUGAAUGGUCUCUAUCCGUUGAUUAUAUUAUAUAUUUACGUGCAUUUCAAUUGAACUUUGUAUAUAGUGAAUUUAUAAAUGAAUCUCAACAAUUAUUUCGUUCAUUUUCACAUCGUUUAACAUGUCAUGUUCCAACAGCUGAAAUAAGUAUUCCACAACAAAAUAAUAAUCAUCGUCAACUUUUAUAUGAAGGAUUGGAAAAAUUAAUAACAACAAAUACAUGUUCUUGUCCACCAUUAAAUAUUCUAGAUGAUGUAUUAUUAUUAUUACAACAGAAACAACAAUUAAAUCAUCAAAAUUUUCUAAUACAAUUAGCUAGAAAUGAAAAAUUAACUCGAUUUAUUGGUAAAGAACCAAUUAUUAUAAGACCAUCACGUUUAAUUCAACAACAACAACAACAACAACAGCGAUGUAUUAUAGAACCGAUACCAUCCAUACAAAGUGAAACAAAAUUAACAUUAACAUCUAUAUCAACACCUUCAACACGUAUAUCCAGUCCAAUUGCACCAACAAAUUUAUUACCACCAUUGCCUAAACAACAACUUCUCGUACGAGAAAAACCGAUACGACAAGGUUCACCAGCAUCUGGUAUUAUACAAACCAAUCUUAAUAAACGUAUAGAUUCAGCAUCAUCAUUUAUUGCUUCAGGUGGUUCAACUAAAUCAUCACUUCCGCUAACAAAUAUUAUUAGACAAGACCUAACUGAUACAGACUCCGAUGUAGAAUCGGUUUCAUCUGGAACAGAUACUUAA